AUGCUCUCUCACGUCGACCUGCUGGACGCUCGGCUCGGGAUGAAGGAUGCCGCGGUGGAGCUCCUGGGACACAGAGAGUCACUGAAGUGCAGACUCGGAGUCGGUGGCGGGGUGUCUGAUCCCGGACAUAACGGAGAACUUGGCCCGAGCCCGGAAACGCUCGAAGGCACUACCCAUCUUCCUGGAGACGAGCUCGGCAACGUUGGAUCCAAUCCUCCGAACAGCAAAGAGCAAGACAAGCAACAGCAGCAACAAAACCAAAACUCCGCGCAAUCUGUAAGUCAGCAAUCGCAGAAACAGAAACGCCACCGGACCCGUUUCACGCCUGCGCAACUCAACGAGUUAGAGCGCAGCUUCGCCAAAACCCACUAUCCUGACAUCUUCAUGCGUGAGGAGCUCGCGCUGCGCAUCGGCCUGACAGAAUCACGCGUGCAGGUUUGGUUCCAGAAUCGACGCGCCAAGUGGAAGAAGCGCAAGAAGACAACAAACGUGUUCCGCGCUCCCGGCACAUUACUUCCUACUCAUCACGGUUUACCGCAGUUUCCUUCGGCAGCAAUUAACGACAGUCUAUGCUCGUUUCACGCAAACGACACGCGCUGGGCUGCAGCCGGGAUGCCAAGUGUGUCUCAGCUUCAGCUUCCGCCGGCGCUCGGCCGUCAGCCUGCAAUGGCGCAGUCACUUUCGCAGUGCAGCUUGGGAGGUGCAGGCCCGGGGGCGCCUGGUUCCAUGGGUCUCUCCAACAUGGCGUCUAACGGCUCGGCCCUGCAGUCGCAUCACCUAUACCAGCCCACGUUUCCGGGCAUGGUUCCUGCGUCACUCGCGGGCCCAACAAGCGCCAGUGCAUCCACGCAACUCUGCAACUCGUCAUCGACAGACGAUGUGUGGCGCGGUACAAGUAUAGCAUCCCUGCGCCGCAAAGCGCUCGAGCACACUGUCUCAAUGAGCUUUACUUAA